CAAUUUAAUUGUCCCCCGCGAAGGGUAGUGUCACCCCACGGUAAGUACGCAACGUGCUUUGGAGGGUUUACCGCGGGAACAUAAGGAGAAGUUCCCCCCCCUCGCAUAUGUCGUCAUACAUGCUAUGCAUUCUGCGUAACUUUAUGGAGACCCAGUUGGAAAAAAAAAAGGACUCAAAUGAUGAACAUAUUUGCUGGGUUACCUUUACCGUCGAACAUAUAACCUCAACUGCACACCAGUCGCAAUUGCAAGAGGGGAACAGGGCGAAGUAGCAAUCAAGGGAAACACCAAACGAAUUAGCUCCCCUGAAGCAACAAAUGUUUGAGAACCCCGGUGCGCAAUUUUGUUCACCCCCUUUUCGGUCAGCACACAUUUUGGCCAUCUCGCCAUUAGGCUAGUACAUAUCUGUUCGUACCACCUGCGAAUGUGCACGUCGUAUAAGCGUAUGUCGUGUAUGCCGCGUAUGCCGCUUACACCACGUAUGCGUGUGCGCGUCUAGGGAGCUCCCCACUCUGUGCCGACGUUUGCGCGUGACCAAGCACAAUCGACGCAGCGAAACAGUUUUUCCCCCCCAAACAAAAGUGAAAAGUGAAGAUGCUGCUGCGACCGAAUGUGGCCAAGAAGUGUAACGCGAAGUGCCCAAGCUUCAUUUUUAAGAACAGAAAUGUUAACGGAAUACUCAAGAGGUAUGUCGCGUCGCAACCGUUGGGGGUAAAUCUGCCGGAACCCCCACCAAGGGAAUUUCUGCCAAAUGGGGAACCCAAAACGUAUCGCUUGAACCAGAGGUAUUACAACCAUAAGUACAAUUGGGAAAGAUGGACCUUAAGACCGGCCGGCGUCUUUCACACUUAUUUACAUGGAGAAUUCGCAAAAGAUCAUCGGCCCCUACUAGCGUGGUUACUACAGUACCCUUUGCCUUUGGCUUUUAUUCCCUAUUUUUUAUUUGCCUUUGGUUUGUCCUUUACAUUUCACCAUGUGUCCUAUUUGGGCAUAAAACCGAAGAGAUUUACCGUCGAGUGGGUGGAGGCUAAUAAGGAGAGAGAACGAGCUGAAAACACCAACCCGAUUACGAGGUACCUCGAUCGGAGAAGAAAAGAAAGAGGACCGCACUGGAUUUUGGAGGACUUUUUGCCUGCUCACCCGUGUUACCUACAUAUGAGUAAGUAUCACCACGAUACGGAGCUUUUGCGAAAGAGGGAGGAAGAGGCUGCAGAGAAGGGCGAAGCCGGCGGGGAUUAGUCGCAUGGAGCGGGAUGAUCGCAGACUACACUGCUGAAUAAGCGGCGCGGCAAAUCUGCGAUCGUUGCGCUGUUGAGUGCGUGUCCUCCAUCAGUUUCGCUAAGAAAUCGCGACGGUGUUUAUGCAGCCCUGCAUAUGCUCAUCUUUAAUUAUAAUCGCGCUAGAGAACACCGCGACAUGGGGGACGCACCAGUGAAAAAUGAGGCAGAUAAGCGCACACGCAAGUACGCACGUACAAACGUACAAGCGUACACCGUAUGUGCAGCCAGCGAAAUUCAUCUACAUCCACUUCGCUUCCGUGAACCUCUUUUUUUUGUACGUCUUUCUAGACCGAUUUAAGCGCGCGCUCACUCGUGGCGGGGAUGCUUCCGCGUCGAACUG